AUGUCCACCAUGUCGACCUUGAUUGAUACACUUACUUUUCCGGCCCAGCUGUUCGUGCACCUUGAAAGCACUAGCAAAAGCCCUUCAGUGAAAGAGACAAUCAAGCCCAGAAAUGACACUUCGAUCACUCCGCCUCCUACUAAGUGGUCUUACCUCUGCCAUCCGCGAUUGAAGGAGGUACAGGACGAAGUCGACGGAUAUUUCCUCGAGAACUGGAACUUCCCAAGCUUCAAGGCGGUCCGCACCUUCCUGGAUGCCAAAUUCUCGGAGGUGACAUGUCUUUACUUCCCUCUCGCACUUGACGAUCGCAUCCACUUUGCCUGCCGGCUGCUCACAGUACUUUUCCUCAUCGAUGAUGUCCUUGAACACAUGUCUUUCGCGGAUGGAGAAGCCUACAACAACAGGUUGAUCCCAAUCUCGCGUGGAGAUGUGCUCCCAGAUCGGACCAAACCAGAAGAGUUCAUCCUGUAUGACCUGUGGGAAAGUAUGCGCGCCCACGAUAAGGAGCUUGCCGAUGAAGUUCUGGAGCCGACCUUCGUCUUCAUGCGCUCGCAGACGGAUCGAGCGCGUUUGACCAUCCGCGAGUUGGGGCAUUAUCUCGAGUACCGUGAGAAGGACGUCGGCAAAGCGUUGCUAUCGGCGCUGAUGAGAUUCUCGAUGGGGCUUAGACUCAGUGACAAUGAGCUUCAGAGCAUGAAAGCUCUUGAAGCCAACUGCGCCAAGCAGCUGUCCGUGGUCAACGACAUAUACAGUUACGACAAGGAGGAGGAGGCGGCUCGAACUGGACACAAGGAGGGGGCCUUCCUUUGUUCAGCUGUAAAGGUCCUGGCAGAGGAAGCCAAGCUUGGCAUACCGGCCACGAAGCGCGUGCUUUGGUCCAUGACUCGGGAGUGGGAGGAUGUGCAUGACAGUCUCGUGGUAGAGACUAUCGAAUCUCCAGACGGAUGCUCUGAAGCUGUUCAGGCGUAUAUGAAGGGCCUAGGGUACCAGAUGAGCGGCAAUGAGCAGUGGAGUAAGACCACGCGUCGAUACAAUUGA